GCAACGGAGGGAGAUAAGGCCGACGCACAGAGCCAGACGAGCUGCAGCAGCAGGGCUGGGCUCCUCUCACUCACACACACACGCACACACACACCUUCAACUGAAACACACAGCCGAAAGGAAAAGGGAUGGCCUAGCCGUGUUGUGUUGCCAGCAGUCGAUCGGCAGUGAGCUACCUGGACCAGAGGUGUGUACCAGCGGCAGCAGCAGGUUGCAGAUAUGAGUGUGACCUCGUGGUUCCUGGUGAGCAGCGGGGGGACUCGGCACCGUCUCCCCCGGGAAAUGAUCUUUGUCGGCCGGGAUGACUGCGAGCUCAUGCUACAGUCCCGCAGCGUGGAUAAGCAGCAUGCAGUCAUCAACUAUGAGGCUGGGACAGACGAACACAAGGUCAAGGAUCUGGGCAGCCUGAAUGGGACCUUUGUUAAUGAUGUCCGCAUCCAGGAGCAGAUGUACAUCACUCUGAAGUUGGAGGACAAGCUGCGGUUUGGAUAUGAUACCAAUCUGUUCACGGUGGUGAGAGGAGAGCUCACUGUGCCUGAGGAGGCUCUAAAGCAUGAAAAAUUCACCAGCAGCCUCCAGCUCAGCAAGAAGCCACCCAGCGUUGAAACCACUUCCACCACAACCACAAUCAAGUCCCCCAUUAAGACCCCAACAAAGACACCAAAGUCUCCCAGCAGCACCAGCACCCCGAAGCCAGCGGAGAGGAGGGCCACAGACGGGGUGACUUCCUCCAAAGAGCCAUCAGCUAAACCUGUGGACUCACACAAAGCAGAGGAGAGGUUAGCAGGGGAUGCUGCAGCGCUGCCUCGUGGGACCCCCCUCUACGGACAGCCGUCUUGGUGGGGGGAUGGGGAUGCAGAUGAUGAGAACUCCUUCAAACAGGAAAUCAAGUCAUCCAGCAAAAAACAUGACAGCCCCAUGUCAGACAGCAAAGAGGCUCGUCGAGGGGAUAAAUCUAAACAGGACAGCCUAAAUGCGUCGUCCGCCAACGAUUCCAGUUACUUUGAGAUGCCUACCAAGGAGGGUCACAUCGCCAAUAACGGCAUCCAUGAGGUUCCCACCAAGGACACAGAGGGCACUGCAGCUCAAGGUCACGCCUCCUUCACCAUAGAGUUUGACAGCACUUCUCCAGGGAAAGUCACCAUUAAAGACCACGUGUCAAAGUUCACACCCGACCACCACAGGUCUCGCUCCAAGAAGAGUGGAGCAGGAAGUGGGGGAGCAUCAGGGAGGGACUUAAGCACGCUACAAGCCGCCAUGAUGGCCUCAGAGAGCAAGGUGGCUGAUUGGCUGGCCCAGAACGACCCGACUCUGGUGCGCAGCGAGUCCACGGAGGACGACAGCAAGAGCAUCAAGAGCGACGUGCCGGUCCAUCUCAAGAGACUCAAAGGCAGCAAGCAUGAUGAUGGGACCCAGAGUGACUCAGAGAAUGGACUGGGCCUACGUUUUGCAAACCGCCGCUACGCCCUGGAGGAACGCCUAAAAGCAGUGCACGGCCUCGCGGGAACCGGAGGUGGAAACAUCACAACGAGCGUAGCCAGAACAGGUGGCAGCCGCACUUCCUUCAUGAUCGAGUUAUACGACGAGGAAAACCCUCGCAAGCGCCGUUCGUAUUCAUUUUCCCAGACUGCACCUCUGCAGGGGAUAGGAGCUGGCGGGGAGGCCCUGUUUCCCCAGCCUCCCUCUCACCCCAAGGUGUUCAGCAUUUCUACUUCUGCCUCUACAACCUCUGACUCAGGUAAGGUCCCCGCUCCGCUGUCAGCCACAGUGACUGCAGGCGCCCCUACGGCUGCCCGCGUCCUUCUCAAGCAGAGGUCAGAGGACCUGAGUAUCGGGCGCUGCUCGGUCAGUACCGGGCUGGCGACAGGAAGCCCCACGAGCCCCAGCGAGGACGCUUCGGUGGUGGGGAGGGAGGGGGCAGCUACUGGAGGUGAGGCAGAGGACGACCACAGCGAUAAGGGGACCUACACUAUAGAACUGGAGAACAGGAACGCAGAGGAAGAGGAGGCCAGGCGCAUGAUAGACAAGGUGUUUGGUGUGCAGCAGAACCAGGACUCCUCUCUUCUGUCAGACCUGAAGGGAGAAGAUAAAGGAAAGGAGACAGGAGAGACGGGGAAAGAGGCUCUCACUGGCGACUCAAGCUGGGUCUCUGAGUGGGCCAGUCUAGCUGCCAAUCACACCAGGACAGAUCCGGAGGGCUCAGGAGCAGAAACAGCCGCCUUCCUCCACAAAGAGAGAGUCACUGAUGCCUUUGGGUCCGGUGCAUCCCUCAGCCGAGGUGAAUCCUCCUCCAGUCUGACCGACCGUAAGCGCAGGACCCUCCCCCAGCUCCCCGUGGAUGACCCCCGGGCUAAAUCCAGUGCCAAAGCUCUUGGUCUAAGGUCCGAGAUUGGGGAGAAACAAGACACUGAACCCCAGGAAAAAGAAAACAAGGGAGACGGGGAGUCCCCGUGCCCCAUGAGGGACGGUGAGAUGACCGGUAAACGUAAACAGAGCUCCACGUCCUCGCCAUCCAAGGCUUCUCUCCGGUCCUCUGGCAGCACUGAGCGGAGGAAGAGGUCAGAGGAGAGGAAAGGGGGAGGAUCAGGGUCAGGAGAAGGAGGAGAGAAGUCUGGGAAACCUCUGGUGCGCCAAGGCAGCUUCACAAUUGAGAAACCCAGCGCUAAUGUCCCUACAGAGCUCAUCCCCCGUAUCAACAGAGGCGGCGCGCGCGAACGCAGCGACUCCGUGGGCAGCAUGGACACCGCUACGCUGCUGAAAGACACUGAAGCUGUCAUGGCGUUCCUGGAGGCCAAACUCAGGGAUGAAAACAAAACAGAUCACAAAAGUAGUAAAACUUCUGCCCACAAUCGGACUGAAUCCAUCUCCCCUGAGUCAGAUGUUGACACGGCCAGCACAACUAGCCAUGUGGCCGGAGAGGCGGAGAGAAAAGGCGGUGGCGACCACAAACGACGCUCCUUCAGCAGCAUGCACCGGGAGAAGAGCACCAUUAGCACAGCGUCCAAGACCAGCACCACCACCGCUAGUGCCCGUGACCGCUUGGAGAGGAAGACUAAAACGAGAACUACAGAGUCGACCGGCCGGACUGAUGCACGGCGCUCCGUUCAGCCGUCCUCCAGAGCACGGCAGCCUUCUGUGGAUCUCACUGAUGACGACCAGACGUCCUCCUUCCCCAUCUCUGACAUCCUCUCCUCAGACCAGGAGACGUACUCUGGACCUAUGGGGCGCUCAGCACGCGGACGUGCCUCGGAUGAUGUUCUCAAUUCCAAAUUCAAUAAAACCUCCACCAGUGGAGUGUCCAAAACAAGGAGCUCUGUGCAGUCCGCCACCUCUUCCUCCGUGAGCAAGCAGGCCGCCCUGCCUCAGCCGCGGCCCACCAGAGCCUCCCUCCUGCGCCGCGCCCGGCUGGGGGACACCUCGGACACGGACCUAGCUGACGCAGACAGGGCGUCCGUAGCCUCUGAAGUGUCCACCACCAGCUCCACCUCCAAGCCUCCAUCUGGACGGAAAGGAUUGUCGCGAUUCGACAUGCUGGCUCAGCCCCGGCGGACCCGUCUGGGCUCCAUCUCGGCCCGCAGUGACUCAGAGUGUCUGGUGACCCGGAGCUCCACCUCUUCACCCCGUCUGUCAGCAGAGACCGCUCUGCGUCUGGGGCUCCGCUCGUCAACACCAACUGAAAGCAGACUGACGCCCAGGAUGAGAGCCAACAGCGUGUCCAAACUGAAUGAGACCAAGACCAAGACCACUGCAGCAGGGUACUGCUCGCCCACAGAGAGCUCUCAGCCCGAUCCUGAGGGCGGUGAUGCAGAGGAGGAGCUGAUGGUGGCCAGCAGCAGCCGGUGGAAACGUCUGCCUCCGGAGUACGGCUCCACCUCAGAGGAAGAGUUUGGCUCCAACAGGAACUCCCCGAAGCACGGAGGACGCUCCCACAUGCGCCCUCACCACCUGACCCCCCACCGCAGCUCCAGACUCAGCACCAGCAGCCCCGGCUCCAGCGUGGUGAUGGGGCCGGGCGGAGUAGUGAUGAAACACCGCAUGAGAGAGCAGGAGGAGUACAUCAAGGACUGGACCGCACACAGCGAGGAGAUCGCAAGGAUCAGCCAGGACCUGGCUAAGGACCUGGCCAUCUUAGCGCGUGAGAUCCACGGUGCGGGCGAGAUCGACUCCGUCAGCUCCUCCGGCACCGCCCCCAGCACCACGGUCAGCACCGCCGCCACCACCCCGGGAUCAGCCAUCGACACUCGGGAAGAGUUGGUGGAUCGGGUGUUUGAUGAGAGCCUGAACUUCAGGAAGAUCCCGCCUGUGAUUUCAACCAAUAAGGCUCCAGAGAUCAACGGUAAGCCAGUGGAGCUCCGCCCCCGGGCCCCUGACACUCUGGAGCCCCGAGCGCUGAGGAGACGCACCUGGAACCGAGAGGAGGCCGUGUUGGACAGCCUGCUGCUCAACUCAGUUUCCCAGCUGUCCACUAAGAUCAGGCACUCCAUCGACAAAACAGCAGGAAAAAUCAGGAUUUUGUUUAAAGAUAAGGACAGGAACUGGGACGAAAUUGAGAGUAAACUGCGGACAGAGAGUGAGAUACCAAUGCUGAAAACCACCAACAAGGAGUUCUCCUCAAUUCUGUUGGAAUUGAGGAGAGUUGAGAAGCAGCUUCAAGUGAUCAAUGUGAUGGUGGACCCUGAUGGGACCCUGGAUGCUCUGGCCAGCCUGGGCCUGACCAGCCCCACGACUCCCACCAAGCCCCUAACGGCCAAAACAACUGCCACCAGCCCGGGGUCUGCUCCCCCAGCCAAAGAGUCCCUGCUGGAGACCCUCCCGGGGCCCGGAGCCUCUGCCAGAGCCCAGGUCUCCUCUGUCAUCACAGAGGAGACGGCUCGAGACCCCGGCCUGAGUCUCAGUCUGACGGCGGUCGGGGGGCGGCCCUUCAACCGCAUGAGGCCGAGCGGAGAGGAAGCCAUCGCACAGAAGUGAAGUUUCAAUGUCAUGUGAAUAAACAUUUGAUUUGGAGUGAAGGCGGCUAGUUAUCAGAACAACAAAGAAAACAUUCAAACAGUUGCCAUUCAGCUGACUUAACCACUCCAGGAAUAUAACACAAACACAAUUUAGUUAAAGUUUCACCAGACCUGUCCGGAAAUGAAGUGCUUCAGCUGACUGGAACCCAAACCGAUGCAUCAUGGAUACACCCUCCAAUGGAAAUUCCCCCAUGAGUGAUUUGGAUGAAUCUUUUCAGCUGUUAUUGCUUACAGGACAACCUCAAGCUACCUGGCUGCUCUCAGUGGACACAUCUCUGUUCAGUCUCUCUCCUCCUCUUGCCUUCUCCAUGUGUCUGGACCCCACCUACACUAAGGACAUGCCUUAAAACACUUCCUCUAUAGUAGCCGCCCCUCAACCUCAAAUAAUAUACAGAACAACUUUAUUACAGUACUUUCAGACAAACAGAAUGCAUUGUAACAUAACAUCUUAUGCAGAAUACGUUUUAUUUACACUAUGCUGGAACACUGCAGUGAUUUUAUAAGCUCUUGUUCAAUACAAAGGAUAUGUCAGCAGCUUUAUAGCCGACCCCCAACAUACAUGUUUUAUGCCUAAAACUGUUCAUAAAUCAGGCAGAAUUGCAGAUGUUUAAGAUAACCCUAACCGUCCAUUGAUGCAUCUCUGAAACUGACUGACUAAUAAGUAGUGCCUCCCAAUAUCUGUGCCCCCCUGUUUCUCCUUCUUUCAUUAUGUUUGACUCUUUCCCUCCCUUCCUUGUCCCUCCAGUAGCAUGUACAGGACCGAGCUGAGAGCUUUCCUCCUGCAAGUUGGUGUCUGUGUUGAUCUUACUAAUACUGAAUGGUAGUUUUACACAAGAGUAGUAACGGCCUUUGGGAAACCAAUGAUCAUUUUCAGGCUAAAUAAUCACUUACCAAAGUUAACACGUCGUGUUAUUUUCAAACAGUUGACCCAUCUUGACAUUUGUUGUGCAACAACCUGAGAAUCUGAAUUUAAAAUAUGGCAAUUCAUCUCAUACGGCUCAUCUUCCUCUGCAGUUCAUCCCUUUCUCUGAAUGUCAAGAUCAUUUUCAUUCAAAAAGCAUAUUUAUUUUAAUGAAACACUAGUUUAAUCAUCGCUGCCAUCUUGUUUUUGGCCCAUGUGACAUUGCCUCUGAGAAUCUGUGCCCUUUCCACUCAAGUGUCCUAUGAUUUCCAAUUGGCUUUUUUCUACUUUUUACAGUUGCGGGUGAUUUUUUUUAAAUAAGUAAUGAUGAGAAAAAAACAAACAUGGUUCCAACUAAAUAUUUUAUAAUAUUUAAAUACUGAUAUUGUAGAUAUUUGAAACCUUUUACUUUUUAAUACUUAAAAUACACAUUCUCACAUUACAACGUUUUUUAUCAGUCCCUGAUAACCUAAAAAGCUACUGGAAUUGGUUUUAAGGAACUUUGUUGAGAAAAGAACACAAGGCAACUUACAACGAGGCCUAAGAUGUGUAUUUGGGGAACGUCAGCGAGUAGAAAUGAACACAGCUUUGAAAAUAAGCCCCCUGUCUACUCUAUCUAUUUAGCUUGUAAUGUGGCUCAUAUCAGGGUAUAACGUUGCAUUGUUCUUCACCAAGGAGGGGGAUUUCCAAGGUAAUGAUACUGUAGUAUUGCAGACACAAUAUGGUUAACCUCACUUUCAUUGCAUUUGCUGCUUUUCUUUAUGGGGCUAACCAUUUUUCUAAUUUCCCCUUCAGCGUAUAGUCUGUGUUCUAGAGCAAGAUGACUUAAAGGCAGUGUAUUAGUACUUAGAUGCUCUUGCAAUAGUGAAUUUAGGUACCAGAAUACGUUCAUUUUGUUCUCUCUAUACUGUACUGUACAUUUUUUUCAAUGCCUCGAAGUGCCCGUUUUGACUAUUCAAGGGCAUUGAUUAAAAGAAAAGAAAAAGACGUAGCUGUCUGAAAGGUUUCUCUUAUUUUGCACAUCAGAUUGUGGCGUUUUUCAUACAGAAGAAGUGACGAAGCAGUGGGGGGCUGCAUCAAAUGUCAAUUGGUUUGACAGGAAUGAUAUCACUUUGAUAUGAGAAGUGACUGCCUUGCCACUCUGGAGCUUUUCUGUCUGUAAAAUCAAAGCCGCUAAUCAUGAUUUCCCCCUCCCCCCCAUUGUAUCAAAAGACAUGAAAUGAGGGGACUGUGAAUGCUAGGUACAUGUUUAUUUUUGAAAUUCUACAUGUGUCAUCUGAUCAGUGUUUUUUGUCAUUUUUGUAAAGAAAAAACAUCAUUUUAUUUUAUUUAUUUUUUGUUUAAUAUUCUGUGGAUUUGUCAUGUAUUUUAUAUUUGUUCCACUAUCUGCAAUGUUUCUUACUGUUAAUAAAACAGAGCCAUUCA